UAAAUAUUUUGCUUUUCAAGUGAAGCGCAGUGUUCAUUGGCGCGCGUUGUUUGCCGGACUGCGUAGUGAAAAGUGCUUAUAAUGCGUUUGUCGAAAAUUACACAUCACAUUGGUUUUAAAAAUGGCGCACAUAAGUUUGAACAGCAACAACAACAGCAACAACAACUUGAACAUACAGCAAAAAGUCAAGCAGCGGCUGGUGGCAAGCGCUUCAGCGGCAGUUAUAGCAUCUACAGUAAUAGCAAUUGUGGAAGCGCACGUGGCAGUGGCAGUGGCAGCGGCAGCGGUGGUAGCGGUGGCGUCGCCACCAACAAUCGCAAUAGUAUCGGCAACGGCAGCUGUGUCUCGUCAUCGUCAACUUCAGCCUCAGGAGCAGCACCGACAGCAGCAGCAUCGGGUAAGCGACGAAAAUCAAAGCCGACAAAGUGCUUUAGUAGCACAGUGUUUCGCUGUUGCAUACCUUGUCGCGGGGGCGGCUCAGCAGCCCCCGCUACAAGUCCGCCCCAUUCGCCUGCAACGCCCGCGGAUGAUGUGAACAAUGGCAGCAGCAUAACCGGAAGCGCAACCCAGAAGAAACACCAUACCAAAUCAACGCACGAUAAGAACGCACGUGACAGUGCACCCUACGCCGAACUAGACGCUGACAUAGACGUUGACGUCGACGCCGACGCCGAAGCCGAGGCAGCCGCCGUCGCUGCAAACGGCAAGAAGCAUUCUCUAGCGGAUACAAUUGCCACAUCCGCAACUACGCCCAUAUCAUUGAAAACCCUUAUAAACGAUACUGACGAACUCGAACCACCGGCACUGAGUGUUGCCGACAUUGCAGCCGCUACACUUGCCAGCGGUAUUGUAGCACGCAAAGCCGAACCGGAGACGCUAAGUGACGCAAGUGUCUCGCCCACAGCAGCCAUACAACAAUUACCAAUUAUCGGCAGCCAUUUCCAGGUAGCACAAGGUUUGAACACCAGCGGCACUUGCGCGCUAAGUGUCAACACCACGAACGCACAACAAAUUUCGCCAACUAAAGCGACCAGCAACGUGUCGGCAGUGACUGCUUUUGCCACUGCAACAGGGCACAUAAGUAACACAACAGCAACCCUGCAGCAACAGCAGCAGCAUCAAGUACCGCCACCACCACCGCCCACCGCGCAAUCAGCGCCACGUGUCUCGCAAUCACAAACCUCGCCACUACCGCACAUCAAAGAAGAGGAAGAAUCCGAGCACAUCGGCAAUCGCCAACAGUACUCGCCGCCCGCCGACGUCGAACAAGCACAGUGCUCUAUUGGCGGCAUUCUAAAUACGGUUAGUGAUAGUAGUGAAAGUACCAACGCGCCACAAUCCACCAACACUUCGAUUUCAGCGCCCACCAGCGGCGGUCAUCAGGAGUUAGUAACACAGAGCGCUUCCACACCAUCGCCUCGCAUCAAACUCAAAUUUCGCAAACAGCAUAAAUCGGCUUGGUCUCGUUCCGUACUCGCGCCCAGUAGCGCCGGCAGCAGUGUUGCUGGUGGUGGUGCUGGAGGCGGCAGUAGCGCAACCGGCGCCGGUAGUAGCGGUAGUGGUGGUGGUGGCGGCGGUGGUGGCUGCGGCAGUGGCGGUGCUACCUCCAACGAAACACUUGCUUCCAACGGCAGCAACACCAAUACUGCGACCAGCGUCAGCAGCGGCGGUUUACAUCGCAUCUCCCUUUCAUCGGUGCCACACGCGUCCAGUUCACAGCUUCUGCCAGCUACCAAGAUGCAGGCCGAACAGGGCUCCAUUGGAGAUUUGCAGAAAUACCACAGCAGAUAUUUGAAGAAUCGACGACAUACACUAGCGAAUGUUCGCUUCGAUGUAGAAAAUGGCCAAGGUGCUAGAUCACCGCUUGAAGGCGGCUCACCAAGCGCUGGUUUGGUAUUACAAAAUCUUCCACAACGUCGCGAAUCGUUCUUAUACCGUUCGGAUUCGGAUUUUGAGAUGUCACCAAAGUCGAUGUCCAGAAAUUCAAGCAUUGCUAGUGAAAGGUUUAAAGAACAGGAGGCCUCUAUCCUGAUUGAUCGAUCCCAUGGUGAAGAUCUUAUUGUAACACCAUUUGCCCAAAUUUUGGCCAGCUUACGUUCAGUGCGGAAUAAUCUUUUAAGUCUGACAAAUGUACAAGCAUCCAAUAAAUCCAGGCGCCCAACACAAUCGUCCAGCGUGGGACGUGCAUCCACAGCCGGUGUACAAUUGGUCCAAGGAGAUGAAUCGUAUAAUCGCUUGGCAACAGACACAAUCGAGGAGUUGGACUGGUGUUUGGAUCAAUUGGAGACCAUACAGACGCAUCGCAGUGUAUCGGACAUGGCUUCGCUCAAGUUCAAGCGUAUGCUCAAUAAAGAAUUAUCACACUUUAGCGAAUCGAGCAGAUCUGGCAAUCAAAUAUCGGAGUAUAUUUGUUCCACAUUUUUGGAUAAGCAACAAGAACUGGACUUGCCCUCGAUGCGCGGCGACGAUAACACCGAACAACUCAGCAUGCUUACCCAGCAUCAACGUUGCCGUUCGCCACGCGGUCCGCCCAUGUCACAGAUAUCGGGCGUGAAACGACCACUCUCCCAUACGAACUCUUUCACCGGCGAACGUUUGCCCACAUUUGGCGUGGAAACGGUACACGAGAAUGCGCUCGGCACACUGCUGGGCGACGUGGAUACGUGGGGCAUUGAUAUAUUCAAGAUUGGCGACUUGAGCGCCAAUCGUCCACUCACCUGCGUGGCAUACACCAUAUUUCAGAGUAGAGAACUACUGACCAGUCUUAUGAUACCACCGAAAACAUUUAUUAAUUUUAUGACUACUCUGGAGGAUCAUUAUGUUAAAGACAAUCCGUUUCACAAUUCAUUGCAUGCGGCCGAUGUGACACAAAGUACAAAUGUACUGCUCAAUACACCAGCGCUGGAGGGCGUGUUCACAUCAUUGGAAGUGGGCGGAGCAUUGUUUGCUGCUUGUAUACACGAUGUUGAUCAUCCUGGUUUAACGAAUCAAUUUUUAGUUAAUUCAAGUUCCGAAUUAGCCUUAAUGUAUAAUGACGAAUCUGUUUUGGAAAAUCAUCAUUUAGCGGUUGCCUUUAAAUUAUUACAAAAUCAAGGAUGUGAUAUAUUCUGUAAUAUGCAAAAGAAACAACGCCAAACAUUAAGGAAGAUGGUUAUAGAUAUUGUCCUCUCUACGGACAUGUCAAAACACAUGAGUUUGUUGGCCGAUUUAAAGACUAUGGUCGAGACGAAAAAGGUCGCCGGCUCCGGUGUGCUAUUGCUGGACAACUACACCGAUCGUAUACAGGUGCUCGAAAAUCUUGUACAUUGCGCUGAUUUAAGUAAUCCAACCAAACCAUUGCCAUUGUACAAACGCUGGGUUAGUCUACUUAUGGAGGAGUUCUUUUUGCAGGGCGAUAAAGAACGUGAAUCGGGCAUGGAUAUUAGUCCCAUGUGCGAUCGUCAUAAUUCAACAAUCGAAAAAUCGCAGGUCGGAUUUAUCGAUUAUAUUGUACAUCCAUUAUGGGAGACGUGGGCAGAUUUAGUGCAUCCAGAUGCACAAGAAAUACUUGAUACGCUUGAAGAGAAUAGAGACUAUUAUCAGAGCAUGAUACCACCAUCACCACCACCAUCGGCGGCCGACGAUCAACCCUCCGACGAUAAGAUACGCUUUCAAGUGACACUUGAAGAGUCCGAUCAAGAGAACUUAGCCGAAUUGGAAGAGUGUGACGAGAGUGAGCAUAAUAGAACCGAAGCAACUACGACGACGGCAACAACGGACGAGCACAAGCCGUCGGGGAGUGAGAAUCAAAGUCAUCACGGUGGAAUGUGACGGAGAGUAGCGGGACUAUGUAAGAAAAUCACCGAAAAGGCGCAGAAUUUUUUGCUAAUACGUUAGUAACAAGCAAACAAACUACAAAGAGCUAGUGAAAUAAAUAUUAAACAAAAAAAAAAUGCCAAAAAAAAAAUAUAAAAAAAAAUAUCAAAAGAAAAGUUGUAAUUUAUGGAAAAAAUGCAAUUUUUUUGCAACCAAAAAAAUAUUUAAAACACACUAAAACUAAAGAAAUGGAGAAUGAGCCGAGAUGAGUUGAAUGAUAAAAUAUUCAAAAGAAAAGAAGAAGACAUAGACAAAAAGAAGAAUAAGAAGAAGAGGAAAAAUAAAAAACCAUACACAUACAACAAUAUAAAUAUAGAAAUUUCAUAGUAGCAUAGCCAAGACAAAAAGCAGAGAAGAAUAAAUAACUACAAUUAAGAAUUUAAAAAUCAAGCAAAGCUAACAAUUAACGGUAUAAAAGAGCAUAUGGAGAGAAGACAAUGGAUAAUUUUACUUUAAAAUAACAUAAAAAUAAAAAAUAAAUUUAUAAUUAAAAUUAAUUUGAGAAAUUGCCAAAAGCAAUAAGGAACAAUGAAAUAACAAAGCAUAGAAAUGAAACUGGAAAGAAACACACACAUACAAACCAUACAAAUCAUACAAAUAAUUACAUAAAUAAAUUCAGCACAAAUGUAUGACAACAAAAUGGUGGACACACACACAUAUAUUAUAUAGAUAAUGCAUGCUUACACAACAACAACAAACAUACAUAACAGAAAAGCAAACUUUAACACAUUUAAAUGAAUAAGAACGCAAAUUAUUUAUUAAACAAUCUUCAGUUGUGUGCGCCGCUGCAGCAAAUUCAUUUUAUUAAUUAAAAAAAAAUUAGUACAUUUUUUCCCAACUCCAUUGUAGACAGAAUGGUAGAAUCUGAUGAAAAUUUAUUGCAUGCCAUUAAAAACAAAAACAAAAAACGCAAAUAUAAAAUAACGAAAAAAACCACUAAACAAACAUAGAAAAACAUAAAAACACAAGACGAAACGCAAGGUUGUAAUUUCAAAAAAAAAAAACAAAAAAAACUAAAUUUUGCAAUUUUUUUUCAUGUUACUUAAAUAAAACUAAGCUACAUAGCAGCGGCAGCUAAUAAACAAUAGCGCAGUACUUGACCCGGCCCACAUGCCUUGUACAAUUUUUCAUUGCUAAACAUGGCAUAACAGCGAGACGGAUGCAAGCAUAAAAAAAAUAACGGAAGUUGCAAUUUUUCUAAAAUGAAAACUCAAAGAAAUUUAUUCAAUCAUUUCAAAAAAAUACAACACAACAACUACAAAUUAUGCAAAAACACGGCUGAAGCUCACCACUUGACCAAGGAACUACAAAAUAUGCUGACAAAUUUACAAACUACUUGACGCAGGCCUUCAUAAACAAAUUGCACAGAAAACAUUUAAGACUUCACGUUAAAUUUCAAAGCAGAAAAAUAAUUCAAACAAUUUUUUUUUUAUUUUCAAAAUCUGCCAAAAUUGUGUCUGAGACGUGAAAAAAAUUGUUCACAAAUAGCUUGCCAGUUAUGCUGUCGGCAGAAUUUAAGAUUGAAAAAUUUUCUAAAAUUCUCAAAAACUUUCAAAAACUCUACCAACAAUUUAUAAAUUUUAAUUAAAUCAACUACAAUACAUAUAUAAUUUGAAUUGUAUACAAUUUGCAUACAGAUUUAUUUUAAUUUGUUAUUUAUUUAAAAUAUGAAUUAUCUCUUUCAAAUUUGCAUAAGUUUGCUAUAAUUAAGCUGAUAUAAUGUAUAAAAUCGUCUUUAAUUUUAUAGAGAAAAUAUUACAUACUUAUAAUUGAAAUGAAUAUGAACGGUGAAAAUUGGAAAAAAUAUUAAGAAUUUACAAAUUACCACCAAAAACAAAAGAGAAUACAGAAAUACAGAAUUAGAAAAUUUUA